AUGUCGGACUUGUCCCUGUUUCCUGAUCGCGCCUUAGUGCGCCCGCAUUGCCAUGGCAAGGCCAGACACACCUCCAAGCCGAAACCCGCCGCCCUGAGCCAAAGAGAUUCGCUGCUUAAGCGCACCUCGCUGCCAUCCUUGUCGUCGGUGGUUAAGGGCUCGUUGACCUGGGCGGGUGAUAGGUUGUAUGGGACUUCCGAGGCCGAUCGUUCCAAGGAGAAUCGAAAUGGCCUUACCGAAACCGAGACCCGUCGUCAGUCGCUGUAUUUCAAAAUGCGCACAGCAGUGUUGUACGAGGAGUGGAAGGAUUGUGCCUCCAAAUUGGAUGUGCUGGAGGAUCACGAAUCCUGGAAAAACACCUUCGAGAGCACCGAGUACGAUGCCUGUCUCAUACAGGAGCGCCUGAAACAACUCGAGGACGCGCGUGCUAGCUCCGACGUGAGUCGCAUGUUGUUUCUCAUCCGCACUUCGCUCAGCCGCGAUCUGGGUAACAUGUCCAACCCGGCCCUGUACAGCCAUUCCCACGCCGGCACCAAGCUGCUCAUCGACCGAUACAUCACGGAGGCCGUCGAGACGAUUUCGACGCUGGCAGAACUUUCGGGGAAAGAUCGAUGCGACGGGCUAGAACUCAGGUAUAUUCUCGACCAACUUCUCGCCGCCCGACAAGCCUUCGGGCGCAGUGCUUUGCUUUUCUCGGGCGGCGGAACGUUCGGGAUGAACCAUAUUGGCGUUCUCAAGUCUCUCUGGCAGGCCAACCUUCUUCCCCGCAUCAUGUCCGGUGCCUCGGCGGGCAGCAUCGUGUGCUCCGUCUUCUGCACCCGCACGGAGGAGGAGAUUCCCGAACUACUGGACAAUUUCGCCUAUGGAGACUUCGACGUCUUCGGCGAGGACGACGGCACGGAGAGUAUUCUGCAGAUGAUCUCGCGGAUUUUGAAGCAUGGGACCUUUAUGGACAUACAGCAUCUGGCCAAAUUCAUGCGAGGGUGGCUGGGUGACAUAACUUUCCAGGAGGCGUACAACCGCACGCGCCGGAUUCUCAAUAUCUGUGUUUCCAGCGCUGGGAUUUACGAACUGCCCAGGCUGCUGAAUUACAUCACCGCACCUAACGUUUGCAUCUGGUCUGCCGUCGCCGUUUCUUGCUCGGUGCCCUUAGUGUUCCAACCCUAUGACCUGAUGGCUAAAGAUCCACAGACCGGAGAAGUGGUUCCUUGGUAUGACUUUUGUCGACAGUACAUCGACGGCUCGGUAGACGGGGAUCUGCCGAUGACCCGCCUAUCGGAGAUGUUCAACGUGAACCAUUUCAUCGUGUCCCAAGUUAACCCUCAUAUAAUUCCUUUCCUCCCGAAAAGCGUCGAUCCCAAAGAGACGAAGAGCCCUUCCCGCACAUUUAAUUGGGUCCAAAGCGCAACACAACUCGCCAAGGAUGAACUGUUGCAUCGCAUGAUGGUUAUGGCGGAGAUGGGGAUUUUUCCCACUUCGCUCAGCAAAGCCAUCUCCAUCGUUAACCAGAAAUACUCCGGUGACAUCAAUAUAUAUCCAGACGUUCCGUACAAUCACUUCCCUCUCAUACUGAAGAACCCGACGACGGAGUUCAUGCUGGAGGCGUGUCUCAGUGGAGAGCGAGCGACAUGGCCGAAGGUCCGAGAGAUUCGAAACCACUGUGCUAUCGAACUGGCUUUGGACUCGGCUAUCCAGAAGAUGCGAACCAGAGUCACCUUCAGUCGGAGCCAGGUGGACCUGAGAACCCUUCAUCUGGUUGAGCGGCAUUCAGAGAAUCUCGACCGCAACGGAGCGCGACGAGCCGUGCUGAACCGGAGAAGCUCGUAUAGCCACGAAGUCGAGAAGGCCCAAAAGACCCAAAUGAACGCCGCCCGCGCAAUGCGACCGGAGUUGAGGCGAACCUGCAGCGCCGUAUCCUCGAGCGCUUCACCGGACAUGUCGACCGAUCACGAGAUUGAGCCGGAGCACGAGCGUCAUGCGGAGAGCCCGCAGAGUUACGUUCCUAGUGCGAGCGACGAGUCUUCCCUCGCCGACUCGGACGAUGACGACGAGCCGUUACUUCCGUCUCUCCAACGACCUGGGCUUAUACAGCACCCGGCGUCGUGGGAGCCGAUGACGACUGAUUGUCCAGUCCACUGGCCUGUCUCCCCUCACACCUUCUACUCCAGACGACUGUCUACCGGGGCGCUUACUCGCCAUUCCUCGCACCUCACAGACCCACCUCCUUCUUUGGACCAAACGCCCUCUACGAAAUCGAUGUCCCCCGCACAGAAUCAUCUGCUGCGGAUGACGCCUUCCAAGGCGGCGGGGACUCCGUAUACACCGUUUCACUACAUUAAGAAUUGA